CUGGUCAGGCCUACCCUUCAUUUGCAUCGCCCGCUGGAGACCGAAUCAAGUUUGUUUAAGGAAGACGGUCUGUGAUUCUCACCCACAGCUCUCCCUGCCUAUCAGCUGCUGUGAAAACACUGUCAGGGCUGCAUUUUGUUAGGAAUUUCUUGAUUACUUUAUUCAGUUUAUAUUCUUUUAGUAGGAGCUUUGUGUCAUUAGGCCUGUGGAACAUGUAAAGACACACAGGGACUUUCCCCACCCAGCACAGGCCACAGUCAAAAGGAAGACACUUAUGGAUACAAUAACAUACCAUUAAAGGAGGUGUGAGGCCCGUAAACCUGGAACAUAUAACAGUAAGUCAAUUUAGUGUCAUCUUAAAGCCAUCUCAGAACAACAGAAAAGCAAAGACUCCUUUAGAUGACACAAUAAAUAAGAAUAUACUUUGGCUUCAUAUUGUGUCCAUAAAAGAGAACCCAGUCAGGGAGAAAAGAAAAAGCAAAGAAAAAAACUGGGAAAGAAUUCAGUAGACAAUGUGAGUCACAGAGUCGGAAAAGGGAGAAAAAAAUCAAUACAUUAUUCAUAACAGCACAGACACAUCAUCAUGAACAGAUGUGUGUGUCCGUACACAGAUUUUAAAAGAAAGGUAUAAUACAUAGACAGAAAAGUAGAAACAGUGGAAAAUAGAAACACAGAAUCACUAAUUCAUAGAAAAUAUUAAAAUUUUACAUUAUAAACUUUAUGCUAAAGACUUGAAUGUCACACUUUGCAUGUAUAUUUGCAGAUUUAUGCAAUUAUAGAGGGUGAAGGGAAAUUAUAGGAAAAUAGAAGACUGUGGGAUUCAGUUAACUUGUCUUAAUCCCAUUUCUGUUACUUAUGAGCUGUUUGGCUUUUGGAAAUUCCUUUCCCUGAGCCUCAGUUUUCUCAUCUGUAUUGUGAGGAUAACUAUUUCUACUCUAUGGACUUACCUGAGCUUUAACUGCGAUGGAAUGUAAAACACUUAGCCCACUGCCUGUCUCUAAAUAAGUCAUAGCUAUUAUUAUUGAUAGUAGUUUAUUUUAAUCCUGCCCUUUCUCUUGUUGGUCAAUUAAGUUAAAGGUUAGAUUUCAGCAGUACUAGGUUCCCUCCUGACUUCACAGAAUGCACUGUGUACUUCAAGUUUACAAGUUCUGGACAAGUUUAAAAGAAAUCGUACUUUUAAAACAGGGAUUUAUAUCUGUGGGUGCAGUGAGUGCACCUGAUUACAGUCCAGAUAAGCAACGUUGCCUGAAUGGCCCCUGCGAACCAGAGGUCUGCAGAUGCAAGAAGGAUGAGAGUGGACUUCCCUCCUCCCUGGUCACCAUUCAGUAACUACAGAGAGGAAAGAUAAUGUGUUUCGUCCGUGGCAACCAACAUCCCUGUAGUGGCAGCUCUUAGUGUCCAGGGUUGUUGUCACAUCAUCUGACUCACACUGGCUGAUUUCCCUUCCUCAAUCUCCCUUCCACUUGACCUUCAGUUAUUUUUUCAGUUUGCAAAAGGGGCAGUCAGAGAUGUCAACAGAAAAGUCUACGCCAAAUAGCCAGCUUGACGUCAGCGGGGCCUUCAAGGUCGAGCUGAAGGACCAGGAGACAAAAUGCCAUCACCUUUUUUGUCAAAACCACUGGCUUCUAAAGAUAAACAAAAGGAUGAGUCCACCAAAAAGCAGGGGCCAUAUAAGAUCUUUUUCAAAGAUCUCUUUCUUUUCAAAGACACUGAAAUGGCAGAAAAGAAAAAGGAAAAACUCUUGAGCCACAACAAGAAAAUCCACCAAAAGUCUACCUUUUCAUCACGAAUGAAGAGUCGUUCACACCUGAGCCAGAUAGCAAUCCGCACUGACACCGCUGCUGGCUCGUUUGAGAAAUUCAUGCUGGACCCUGCUCUUAUUCUCAGGUUACAAGAAGGUGCAGAUGCAAAAAGGAAUAUCCAUGAAUUUAUUAAUGACCAGAGACACAGGUUUCUGCUCGAGUACACUCUGUCCACCAAGAGGAGCGCAAUCACAAAGUUUGAGAGGUGCAUGGAGACGGAGGAGCAACAGAUCCUAAAAGCAGAGACAAAGCUCCAGGACGACGCGAUCGCCUUUGAGGAGUUCCUGCGGGAGAACGACCAGCGAUCUGUGGAAGCCCUUAAAGUUGCAGCCCAAGAGACCGUGAACAAGCUCCACAUGACGGCGGAGCUGAAGAAAGCGAGCCUGGAGGUGCAGGCAGUGAAAAGUGAAAUAUCAAAAGCAGAAUUCCUUCUCAAAGAGUACAUGAAAUAUGGACUUUUUCUGCUGAAAUUGUCUCCGAAACAAUGGCAGAUCCAGCAAGCACUGAAAAGGGUGCAGGUGUCAAAGAGUAAAGAAUAUUCGGAGGGCACUCUUCCCAAAAUAUUAACAAAGUUAAGUGCAAGGAAGGGAGAGAGCAGUGCUGAGGACGUCACAAAGAUAUCGUUUUCAGAUUACUAUUCUCCGGGCACAGGUAGCCAAGGUAACACGAGAGUUUGGAACUUCACUCACAAAAGUAAGACCCGAGCAGGUGCCCUUCUCAAAGGAGAGAUCCAGGACCUCCGAUCUGCAAGCGUAAGUUCAGAAGACAGUCUGGAUGAUGAACUGGACUACGAGCUGGAGCCGGAGCUUUAUUUCAAAGAACCAGAAGAGUUGCUUCAAGUCCUCACAGAGCUGGAAGAGCAGAAUCUUACUCUGGUACAAUAUUCUCAAGAUGUAGAUGAAAAUCUUGAAGAUGUGAAUAAAAGAGAGAAACUUAUACAGGAUAAAAUAAAUAGCAACAUAGAGUUUCUUUUAGAGCACAAGGAAAUGCUUAAGGCUAACUGUCUGAGAGAAGAGGAAAAAGCAGCAGAACUGGAAUUAAGGUCCAGGCUAUUUAGUUUUGGAGAAUUUAAUUCAGAAGCCCAGGAAAAACUGAUAGACUCUCUUAGUAAAAAAAUUAAUCAAGUGUACAAUGUCUGCAUCGGAGAUGGUGAGGUUGGCAGCCUCAACCCAGUCCAAAAGCUAGUAAAGAUAGAGUCUCGCCUGGUGGAACUGAGUGACCUCAUUGAAACCAUUCCCAAAGAGAAUGUGGAAGCAAUUGAGAGGAUAAAACACAAAGAACGACGGCAAAAGCUGCGUGAAGAGAAAAUGAAAGAAAAACAGAGACACCAGGAAGAAAGGCUACGAGCUGCUCUGGAAAGAGCAGUGGCACAACCAAAGAAAAAGCUGGGAAGACGACUUGUCUACCGUUCGAAACCUCCGUCUGGUAACAAGCAUGAGCUGCUUUUAGUCCAGGCUACAAGAACAAGAUCCAUAGAGGACGAGUAUUUCUUCACUUGAAUAGGGGCAGUAAGACGGCAGCACAACGUUUAAGCACAUUGUACAGAUUUGGGUUCACAGCAAUGGCAACAUUCUGCACCAUAUGCCGGCCUAACCAAUUUGAGGGAGACAUGCUGUUGUUCUAAAGGUUAUAGGAUUGGAAAUGCAAGUUAUUUUCUUUGGUUGAAGGCUUUUAUUACCCAUAGCCUAAGUAUUAUUCUAAACAUUUUAUAUCUAUACUUUGAGCUGUCCCAGUUGGGGAUACACAUCCAAAGUUACUUUAUUGGUGUAACUAUACGCUGAAUGGCCACUAAAUUGCAAUAGUGGCAUUCUCUGACAACACGAGACUUUAAAUGAUCUCUUUUUCCCAACCAGUCCACAGGAAAGUUCACAGUAUACAUUUUAUCAUUGUGGAAUAUGUGGAGUAUACAUUUUAAUAAUGUACAACUCCAAAACAGGUUAAGGGUUUUGAGGAAUUUAAAAUGUAAAUGAAAGCCACUAGGUUAUGUUCUCAGAACAUAACUGUGAGAAUGGCUUUUAAUUCAUGUUAAGAAAUACUGUUCAGAAACUUAAUUCUCUUAAGUGAACUGACUGUGUCUUCAGCUUACACGGCAGUUCACAAUUUGUUGUGCUCUACAUCCAUAAUCAGUUUUUUUAGGUGAUGUUUCAUUUUAGCUGAUAUGUGUAUAUUAUUAAGCUUACAUGUAAUUUGUCUACUAAAAUAAUAUAUUAUAUGUUAAGUUUAGGAAAAUAUUUAACUUUAUACAUGUCAAAAAUGGCUCAAAACUAA